UCGUGGUGUGGAUGCCUGCCCUGCGCUGUACUAAGACACCUCCACCUCGAAUGGCUUGCACAAACGAUGCAUCGACUCAGCCUUGCGCAGAAUCAAUUUAUUAAACGCUCCUCUUUUAAAAAUCGCCCGCCUGCAGUGUCUGGUGUCUGCCAAGCCAAGUACCACGAAGCGGAAAUAGACUGUGUGAGCGGAAGCCGAUAGGGGGUGUGUGGCUAGCAGGCGAGGAUUUGGAGCGUGAAGCAGGGACUCCGUGCGGGGUGAGACGGUCACCCCCUUUGGAGUGCACGAGUCGCUACUUAACGCGCCCAUCGUUGCAAAUAUUUCACUGCAUACUACGCAUUAAACGUUAGCUGUACAAGCAUCGGUAUCAUCAUCGCCUUUGCCCGCGUGCAUCGUUCUUCGUGUUUGCUAUUCCAGCGACGAAUCCCCGCUCCUUCAGUCUCAAUCGUGUGAGUGCCCAUGCCCAAGAAGACACGGAAAUCGUCCAAGAAACGCGGAAGGCAUGGCCCGCGUGUUGAGACUUCCGAUCCGAGGGAUCCACAAGAGUUGGGUGAAAUGCCUAUUGAUGACAAGGAAUCGCAAGAUCCCGGAAGACAGGAGCAGUUAUCCGACCAGAGCCCGCCGAGCCCAGAUACUAACGCUGAAAAGAAGGCGCGCAAGAAGAAAAAGUCCCACAAGAAGGGAAGGAGCAAGAAGAAAAGUCGCAGAAGCAAAGCCGUUCCGAAACUCCAGCAUCCUUCCGAAGGUGUUAAAGAACAGGACCCUGCUCCAGAAGCUGAGGUACGAGCUGAGAUACGUGAACUCGAUAAUGAUUUGCGAACUCUGCAUGAACUUGAAGAACUAGCGUCGACAAAAGACUUACAGGCUGAAGCGCAAAACAAGAGAAGCCGGUUUAUGGAGGAAGCUGCCUUCGAACGUUCAGCUGUCAACGCUGUCGACGAAAACGGUGGACUUACCAAGAUGCCAGAUAAGGGACAGCGGAUUGUCUUGACAUCUGGUACCAGUAGCGAACGUGGUCUCUCUUCUCGAGAAGAUAUGGGGCAUAUUUUCCCCCAGAAUCCAUGGGGGAUGCCAGCUGGUAGCAGUUGGGAUGCUGGCGAGGUAAAGAUCUCUGUACAAUACCAGCAGUCAUCCACGGAGAACGCAGACUUCGCAGAGGAAUACCAGAAACCAUCGGACUUAACGCUCGUACGGAGUUCGAAUUGUGACCUGUUAGGUCUAGCCGGGAUUGCACAAAUGUCACAGGCCAGUUCUUGGGAAGGCCGCACUGCAGAUAAGAGUUCUGUUCAGCGGUACAAGACGUCCAUGAGGAAGCACGAAAGUGUUGGCGUGGAUAGCAGGGAUCCGGAGAACACAGUUUCUAUGACGCCAGAAGUGAGCAGCACUCGCGGGCUACCAACCUCAGCUGACAUGAGCCACAUAUUUCCUAGCCCUCCAUGGGUAGUGCAACCGGAAGAGAGUAUUAAACCGCAACCCGUCUCAUCAACACAUUAUCCAUUCGAGAUGGACAGUACCAUAACCAAGUCUGAAGAACGGCCGGUACUACUGAGAGGAAUGGACGACAUCGCUAUGGAACGCAAGCAACCUCUUCGUCCGCGUGUCCUUCGAUACCUGGCUCUGGCGUCGGUCUCCUGCCUAGCACUCGUCCUUCUCCUCAUCCCUGUCUUCUUCAAAAUUAGUUCCAGACAACCCAAGGCUUUUCGCAGUAUGUGCACCGAUGACGAAUGUCACAGGUCGACGUCACACAUCACCAGCUUCGCCAACAAAUCCAUCGACGCAUGCGACAACUUCUACGAGCGCGUCUGCUAUCGAUGGACCAGACUGAACGCUAGCGUCGGCUUUGUGGAAGGCGCGGUCACGUCAUUUUACGAUCGCCUGACGAAGAAGGUGUUGACGACCGCGACGGCAAAUCCAGACCGCGAAGGAACGCACGUGUUUCAGCGUCUCUUCCAGAGCUGCUCCCAUUUUAUGAAGACAACACACUCUGUCAGGGAGCUGAUAUCAAAGGUGACCCGUCACUUCAUUGGUAAGCUCCCGAAGCCGAGUUCUUCGUGGGAAGCAGCGAUGGCGUUCGCUGUCAACCUGACCAUGCUUCACGGAAUCGGAACCGCCUUCGAGAUCGGUUGGGAGAGUGGAACAUCCCGUAAUUAUUUCGUGUUGUCUCGCGGCAAGUCCGUCCUGGAAAAGUUUGGUGCGCCGACUUAUAAGGCUCUCUACGUAGAUUACGUGUCUGAAGCCGUGCACCAGCUUCUAGACAGCAGUUCGAAGGACGUCGUCAAUGCGGUAUUAAGUUUAGACGAAACUGUGACCAAAAUAAUAUCGUCUCGGCCACAUAUUCGAGAGAUAUAUGCCUCAUUCCGGGUGGUUGAACGAAUUUCCAAAAAUUUGACAGCCUCUUUUUGGCUUCACGCAAUCAACCAACAUCUACCGCUGGCUAGCAAGGUUGCUCCGUCGGAUAUGAUACUUACGACGGGAUUCGACGCUCUCAAACAAGUUAUGUCCGUUAUUGAAUCGUCGCCAACUACCAUAGCAAAUGUCUACAUAAAUAUGCUGGUCGUCGCGGAGGUGCUCCGAUUUGAUUAUCACGGCAAUAUAUCGACGCAAUCGAAUGAUUUCAUGAAAGUCUGUCUUCGAGCAACGCAGAGGGUUCUCACGCAGACUUGGCCGACCGUCAUCUCCACCGUUUCUGGUUACGGGAACCACGUCGUGUCGGAUCAACUCGACGACCUCUUUCGUCAAGCGAAAACGGGGUUCCUCGAGGAACUCCGUUUUUCCAAGUGGAUGGACCCCGAAUCUCACAUCGCGGUUCACCACAAGCUGCUAAGGUCUAAAGCUUACACCUUCUCCGAAAAAGACACUUUUCCAGAAGCUGUGGAGUACCUCAGCUUGGACCUGCGAGGAAGAGACUUUGUGUCGGGUUACUUGGCCGCGUUGGCUCACGAAGCUCGCGUUCUGCGACGCGCUACUCCGAGGUUAGAAGAAUGCGUUUUCUUCAACGCCGUUCAGCUUGAGGGAACCGUUUACUUUGACGACCGCGAUUACAUUCUCGUCCUUCCCACACCCUAUCUUGCCGCUCCACUGUUCGACUCCUUCGACGGAGAGCAGUUCCACAACUUCGCCACCGUCGGUACGAUAAGCGCUGCGUUUCUGGCACGGGCUGUGAGUUCGCCGAAAUCGUCGCAUCCCCCUUCGGCGGAGAGUCUUCGAGCCUUGAAAGCAGGGACGGAGUGCUUCAGGAACCAAUUCGAAAGCAGGUUCGUUAAUUCGAAAGUUCCAGAGGAUCUCGGUAACAGCGUCUUCGUCUGGACAGCAGCAGUUCGUGCGGCUUACGAAAAGUUGAAGAAGUACAGUGAGGAACACUUGUCUGCGAAUGAAAUGCAGACUUACUGGACACGGAUUCAGCAACAGUUCUUUGAGGGAUAUUGUCUUUUGAGUUGCACAACAAGGGCAGGAAGUGACGUCUUGUCCCCUCUUCAGCGUUGUGUGAUACCAUUGCAGAAUAUGCAGGAGUUCGCUGUGGCCCAUUCUUGCGUGAACGGUUCGAGGAUGAACCCAUCAUUCAAAUGUCCGCAAUUGUAGGCUGAUGCUGAUUAGGGCGUAUUGAGUAUAUGCCAAUUACCUGUACGGAAAAUAUAGAAAAUAUUCUUUC